UGGCGUGUUGGUCCUUUAAAUCAGAGCCAGGAAACUACCAGGAGGCCUUGAAUGCAUCAUUUGACUGACAACCCCGCAGUCUAAUCCAGAGAGUGAGGAUGCAUAGCAGCAGUGUUAAGUGUCGAAGAAACGUCGGCUGAGUACUUCUCUGGCUGUGAUUGACAAAAGCCUGCUAACACUUUGUUCAUUCAGCCCCUACAGACCGUGUUUGAACCUGAACCCGUCGGGUUGAUCGGAACACAUUUCCUCCAGACCCGGACUUCGCAGACGUUACGUUGGGACAAUGGAAUCUAACGUUAUCCCGGACAGUAUCCGCCCUCAGAGGCUACAGCCAGGGAUUGGAUUCGGUUCAGGACCGACCGGGACCCUCCGCUCCUCUCUCCGGCCCGGAGUGACGGUCCCCAUCGCGCCGCUGCUGCCCUCCCCGGCCUCUCUGGCCGCCUCGUCCGGGCCUCCCCCGCCGCCGCCUCCGCUACAGCUACACAGCCUCUACGGCGGUAUCGGAGCGGGACUGGGGCCGGGGGCUACCGGCCACUGUAACCCGGGGAACCCGGCGGUGCUGAAGGAGGCAGUGGAGGCUGUUGUCCGCAGCUUCGCCAAACACACACAAGGUUACGGCAGAGUAAACGUGGUGGAAGCUUUACAGGAGUUUUGGCAGAUGAAGCUGAGCAGAGGGGCUGACCUGCGGAACGGAGCUUUAGUUGUUUAUGAAAUGGUCCCAUCCAACAGCCCACCAUAUGUUUGCUAUGUUAGUCUUCCAGGAGGCAGCUGCUUCGGAAGUUUCCAGUUCUGUCCCACCAAGGCAGAGGCAAGACGCAGCGCUGCCAAGAUUGCCCUCAUGAACUCUGUUUUCAAUGAACAUCCCUCUCGUCGCAUCACAGACGACUUCAUUGAGAAGAGUGUGAGUGAGGCCCUGGCCUCCUUCAAUGGAAACAGAGAAGAGGCUGACAAUCCCAACACGGGAAUUGGAGCAUUUCGCUUCAUGCUUGAGUCCAACAAAGGAAAAUCCAUGCUGGAGUUUCAGGAGCUGAUGACUGUGUUUCAGCUGUUGCAUUGGAAUGGAAGCCUCAAAGCCAUGAGAGAACGACAGUGUUCCCGACAGGAGGUGCUGGCUCACUAUUCCCACCGGGCUCUGGAUGAUGACAUGCGCACUCAGAUGGCCGCCGACUGGGUGAACCGGGAACAGAGCGUAGCGGGCACGAUUGCGCAGGAGCUGGCCUCCACAGAGCGAGAACUGGAAGAUGCCAGGCUGGCGGGCAGAGAACUGCGUUUUUACAAGGAGAAGAAAGAUAUCCUGAUGUUAGCUGUGGGUCAGCUCAGUGCAGCCAACACUGCCACCCUGCCAUCACACUAAACCUAACACGUGGAAACAAGCCUUCACAUUCCGUAGGAUUCCUGGUAACAGUAUUGAACAUUUCAUAGAGAUAAAGAUGCUUCAUCUGAUUUUUUUAGGUUUUGUAUCUUGUGUGUUGUUGUGAGGACCAGGUAAUCAGGCCUUGAUUUUUACAGUAUGCACAUCCGUCCAUAAAACAAACAUUUGCCGCUAUAGCCGUUACCUCUUCGUGCCUAGUGAUUACAGGACAUCAGUGCUUUUUUUUUUUAAUACCUGUAAACUUGCUUGGCAUACCAGCUUACUGGAGUGUACAUGUUUUUUUCUUUAUUUCAUACUGCAACAAACAAAACCUGCCUUUCAUCAGUGAAUGUACAGGUCAUACGGUAAUAUGACCCCAAAAACCAAACUCAUAUGAGGUAAAGAUCAUUUUUAAGUCAAACCAGCGUGUUUCUUUAAUGUUUUUGGUGCAUUCAUGUACAGUACUUAGUAGUAGUAUUGUGGACUCUGGCAAGUGAAAGUGGUAAAAAGUAGCAAAAGAGAGUACAUACCUUUCUUUAACAAGCUUUAAACCAUGAUAGCAUGUACCUUGUGUUCACUAAUAAACAGAGUAUUUCUAAAAUAUUAUCACAGAAACAGCAAAAGCCGCAAGGAAGGGGAUAAAAGAUCCCCUACAAUGUCAGUACUUCACAAUGAGGUUUUCCAUAAUGGGUAUAAUAGACAUUUAUCCUACCAGUUGUAAUGAGAAUAUAAUGUAAGUAUGUGACAAUUCCAGUAAGCAUUGAGAAAUACUUAUUGGCUCAUGUAAAAAGUUGUGGGUACUUUUACAGAAAUGUAAGCAGGGGACUGAUCGCUCUGAUAGCAGCUCAGGUUUUUGAAAAAUCAGAGAGUGAACCAUCACUUUGUUUUAUUUUUGUUUGUUAAGGCAACAACUAUUUUAACGUUCAUUGUAUGCUUGGUGGCCAUGACACUAGCUGAAUGUAUAUUUUCAGUGUGCUCUCAACUAAUGGACCUGCAAAGCGGCGCUGUUCAGACUAUAGAAUUACUCUUGUGAUACAGGUUGUGCUUGUCAUGUGCUUCAUCUAGAGGACAUCAAAAGAGCUGGUGCUUGGGAGACUAAAAUGUAGGUGAGGGUCUCAGCAAAAACAGUAAAUAGUCACACAGUGGUGAGGGCCAGAAAAUGAACCGAGGGAUCUUUCGUUAUAAUGAAGUUUGGCUUUUUAACAAGCUUAUUCAUCAUGUGUGAGUCAUGUGUGAGUCAUCGUAGUCAAUGCAAAACAGUACCACUGCUUGUGGUUUCUGUUUUUUAAGAUAUUGGAAGCAGAAUUUGGUUGUCAGCGCUGGUGUUCGUCCACGGGCUAAAAACAAUGUAUGUAACUCGCACUUAUCACCUUUCAAAUAUUUUAUGUUGAAGGACCUGAUUUCUUUUAUACUGCUAAUGUGAUAUCCUCAAAUUUCCCUGUCUAUCCAAAAUGUAUUUUAUUACAAUAUAAGAAUGAAGGCAUUUCAACGAGUAGCCUUUUAAAGACCCCAUGGAAUGGAAGUGAGAGUUUACUUGAUAAUAUGUGGCUCUGGUUGGAAGGAAAUGUGGGCAGUGAGUUAUGCAAGUUAAACAGCAGGCGGGCUUGUGCUGCUGCUGAGUGUUGGAUUGUCAACAGAAGAAACUCAUUACAUAAAAUUUAAGGAGACAGCAAGUAAAAAAACAAAAGAAGCAGGAAUGUAGUCUAAUGAUUAAAGCCAGAUCAAUUUUAAUAUUCUAUUGCUGUAUCUCUUCUCUGGGAUCAUUGUGCCUUUAUAAAAAUGGUAGCAUGCAAUGAUUAGACCCAUUAACUUUCAUUUAAUGGGAUCUUUAAAAGGGUGGUGCUACUCUAUUUUAAAUCCUUUGUCUUACAUGUAAAGGUGAUGUUAUGGAUUACAUGCUAUGUUACUGCUACAAUACCUUAAUAUGUUGUUAUGAAGGAUUUAUUAAAUCUUACUACCUUUGUUAUACAUUUAUAACCAUUAUAUAUUGUUGGUUUGGUACUCAGCUCAUAAAAUACGUGUGUAGCAGCAAGUAAUUUUGCCCUCUUGGCAAAGACCCUGCAGCGCUCUUCAGUGAAUGCUGAAAUGUUAAAAUAGACAGUUGAACUGAUGUAAUGCACACUUUGACCUCACAGUUCUGCAGCUUGAAUCCAGCCUCGUUAAUCUCACGUUUUCCUUUUCACUUUACAUUUUGAACUAAACAGCUCCAACAAUGUCAACAACAGAUGUGUUUUCAGAGAUUCAGUAUCGUCCCAUGAACCGGUUUCAAGUCCGACUUAAGAACAUACUGUACUGCCGGUGCACUCAUGCUAAAGCAGAAAUGUAAUUAAUGAGAGAAACUAAACAAGUAUUUAAAUGAGCUUGUUAUAGGAAUCUGGCUGGAGCUCUUGAAUUAUGUGUGUUUGCAUUUUUCUUCUAAUUUCAAUGCUUAUAAUGUGUGUUAUUUUUGACCACAAGCCAUUAAUCUCAGAACUGUCUUCUUACAAAUGCCUUUGACCUUUCUUUGUGAUCAUUAUCAAUGAAGGCUUUUUUUAAAACAGUAUAUUUUUUGCUAUCCAUUUUAUAAAAAAACAGACUUCUCUUUGCUUUGAUGCAUGAUGUGUUGAUUAAGUUCUGUUUUUUAGGUUUCAUAUUCUAUUCAGUAUUGUUUUUAAGUGUUUUUGAGGGCUGUUAUUGUAUGUAUUUUCUAUGAACAUUUUGUAUUCCAUGUUUAUA